AUGAUGAAACUUAAACACAUUGUAUCUUGCCUUAUCGUCCAAUUAGCAUUAACUCUCGCCUAAAAUCUUCCUGGGCUUGAUUACUUAAAAAGUGGAUUUGAUGCAACUAAGAUCAUGGAAACUACUGGAAUAGGUUAAACUAAAGCUGCAAUUUUUGAUCUUAAUGAUUCAUCUUAAGGCUUUUAUGACUUUGAAUAUGAAGGAAAAACAUAUAAGGUUUCAUAAGUUGUCUAAGCUACUUCAGAACUCACAAGAAAGGAAGUCACAUGCGAAAAUGUCUACACAUCUUUUACAGACUUCUAAAAAAAACUAACUGAAUCAAUAAGUAUUUAAGGCGGUAUUCAAAUUGGAGAUAUAAAAGCUUCUUUAGGCUUUAAUCAUUCUUUAGAAGAAAUUUAUGAAAAGAUUACUAAAGAGGGUAAAUCAGUUACAAUGUCUUAAUCUUACUGGUCAAAAUAUAGCUUAACUAAUUCUCCUGCUUUCUUGAUGCCAUUAAACAAUCAAUUUAAAAGGGCUUUAGAAUAUCUUAAUGAAAAUGUCAAAAUUCCUUAGGAUUAAAACGGACAAACUUUUUAUAACUAAGUUGUUCAAGCUUACGGAACUCAUUAUGUUUCUAGCAUAGUUAUGGGAGGAACUGCUAAAAUAUUAACAUUAUUAAAUACAACCUACGUAGAAACUCAUGAUUUUUAAGAAGUUAAAAACUAGGUUAAUUUAGAAGUUAACUAUAUCAUGAGUAAUCUUAAUUUUGAUGCCAGUUUCAAUCAAACUGAAAAUACUACCUCCGUUGUUUAUUAAAAAGAUGCUGAAAACUAUAUUUUCUUCACUCCUGAUUUAAGCCAUUCGAAAGAAGAAAAAGCUUGGGACGCAUGGGAAAGUAGAGUUCCUUAAAAUCCCUAACCAGUAAAUAUUACUGUUUCUUACUUAUCAGACCUUGCUUCUUCUUAUAAAGAAGUCUAAUAGCAUUUAAGAGAUACAAUUGAAUAUUAUUUAAAAAAUGGUGAUGUUCCUCGUGAUCCAUCUACAGUGAAAUAAUACAGUUUUGCAUUAAAGCAAGAAGUUCCUUAAAAUAAAAAUUUAAGAACUCCUCUUAAAGAAAAUUCAAGAACUGAUAUUGUUGAAUAUCUAUUAUUCGGAAAAAAGAAACAAACAAUCACACAAAAAUGA